AUGGAAAUUCCUGAGCCUAGCAAAUUGCCAUUGCUCGGACAUAUCACAUCAAUAGACAACGAAUUUCCUCUGGGGUCGAUGAUAGCACAUGCAGACCAAUGUGGCGAAGCGUACCGAUUGCGAUUUCCCGGCAGGACCGUGGUUAUCGUGUCCACACAGGCCUUGGUUAAUGAGACCUGCGAUGAAAAGCGGUUCAAGAAAUCGAUCAAUUCGGCUCUGAACAAUGUCCGCGAUGGCGUUCACGAUGGUCUUUUCACAGCGAGAAUGGGCGAGGAAAACUGGGGUAUUGCGCAUCGCAUCUUAAUGCCCGCCUUUGGCCCCUUAUCCAUCCAGGGCAUGUUUGACGACAUGCAUGACAUUGCAACUCAGCUCACACUAAAAUGGGCGCGCCAAGGGCCGGACUACGCUAUACCAGUUACAGACGACUUUACAAGACUGACCUUGGACACAUUGGCACUCUGUUCAAUGGGCUAUCGAUUCAACAGCUAUUACCAACCCGAACUGCACCCAUUUGUUGAAGCUAUGGGCGAAUUCUUGACCGAAGCCGGCGAAAAGCCUCGUCGACCGCCUAUCCCAUCUAUGUUCUACCGCACAAAGGAUCAGAAGUACGAGGCUGACAUUAAAGUCAUGAGAGAUACAGCUCGGGAAGUACUCGAAGCACGAAAGGAGGGUCAUACUGACAGACAUGAUCUCCUGGCGGCUAUGAUGAAAGGCGUGGACCCCAAGACCGGCAAGAAGAUGACCGAUGAAAGCAUCAUGGACAACCUUAUUACCUUUCUGAUUGCUGGACACGAGACCACUUCUGGUUUGCUUUCUUUCGUGUUCUAUCAGCUCUUGAAACAUCCCGAGGCCAUGCAAAAGGCAAAAGAAGAGGUCGACGACGUGUGCGGCCGUGGGCCUAUCAAAGUCGAGCAUAUGUCUAGGUUACCGUAUAUCAAUGCGGUCCUUCGCGAAACAUUGCGCAUUAAUGCCACCAUUCCGCUCUUCACGGUUGAAGCGUUCGAGGAUACAACAAUCGGCGGAAAAUACCCCGUAAAAGCUGGGGAAACGAUCGUCAAUCUCCUCGCAAAAUCGCAACUAGACCCAAAAGUCUUCGGUUCUGACGCAAACCAAUUCAAACCAGAGCGCAUGCUUGAUGAGCCCUUUGAGCGGGUGACAAAGGAGUUCCCAAAUUGCUGGAAGCCGUUUGGCAAUGGUAUGCGAGGCUGCAUUGGACGUCCUUUUGCAUGGCAAGAGUCACUACUCGUCAUGGCAAUGCUGUUGCAAACAUUCACGUUCGUUUUAGAGCCCGACUACACACUGGGCUUCAAGCAGACGUUGACCAUCAAGCCAAAAGAUAUGCACAUGCGUGCGAUACUGCGAGAUGACCUCGACCCCACUUCCCUAGGGCACAGACUUUCCGGGCAACCCGUCUCCAAGAACAAAGCUACCUCGAAAGCUGCUCACGCUGCUCAUCAGGGCAAUGGAGCUCCAUUGACGAUUCUCUAUGGCUCAAAUACUGGUACCUGCGAAUCGCUCGCACAACGUGUUGCAACUGAUGCCACUACUCAUGGUUUCAAGGUGACAAAGCUUGACUGCAUGGAUAGCGCGAAUGGUGCAUUGCCUACAGAUCAGCCCGUUCUGAUUAUCACCGCGUCCUUUGAAGGAGAAGCGCCCGAUAACGCUGGGCAUUUCAUACAGUGGAUGGAAAAGCAGGAUAAGAACAGCCAAUCAAUGAAAGGUGUAUCGUACGCUGUCUUCGGUUGUGGCAACCGGGAGUGGACCCAGACAUUCCAUCGCAUCCCCAAGUUGGUCGACACCACACUGGCUGAAUUAGGCGCAGAACGGUUGGCAGACAUCGGACUCUCUGAUGUUUCCCAAGGCCAGGUCUUUUCGGACUUCGAGAAUUGGGAAGACAACGUCUACUGGCCAGCUUUGACUGCACGUUACGAUGUGAAGGCAGAAGACCAAACCGACUCUCCCGGUGUGAAGGUUACGAUUUCUACACCCCGAGCCUCUACCCUUCGGCAGGAGGUAAAGGCAGGAGUUGUAGUCAAGACUCGAGUUCUCACAAAUGAGUCAGAGAGUGACAACUUGAAAAAGCACCUUGAGAUCCGUCUGCCAGAAGACAUGACAUACUCUCCAGGCGAUUACCUGGUCGUAUUGCCGUUCAACCCAAGGGAGACCGUUAACCGCGUGUUGCGACGUUUCAGUCUGCCCUGGGAUGCGCAGCUGGAGAUCAGCGCCGAAGGACCCACCACAUUGCCCACCAACACAGCACUUCCUGCCCAAGACAUAUUGAGCUCAUAUGUUGAGCUUUCACAGCCAGCGUCAAAGAGGAGUCUUUUACUGCUCGCUGGCUCAGCAACGAAUGGAGAGACAAACUCUGCUUUGUUGCGUCUUGCAAACGAUGCCUUUUCCUCCGAGAUUAGUGCGAAACGCGUGUCUAUACUUGACCUCCUGGAGCGCUUCUCAGAUAUCACCCUGCCCUUUGCCACAUUUAUAUCAUUGAUGCCGCCGAUGCGUGUGCGACAGUACUCCAUCUCAUCUUCUCCUAUGACGCACAGGGGUCACGCUACCAUCACCUACUCCUCCCUGAAGGAGGCAUCUCUAUCCGGGCAAGGCGUGUAUCACGGUGUAGCAUCUUCAUAUCUAUCCUCUCUCACAGAGGGAGACAACGUACAAGUAGCUGUUCGCCCCUCCCAUGCCGCCUUCAGCUUGCCCUCGGAACCAGAAACAGUACCUAUCAUUUGCAUCGCAGCAGGUACAGGGAUCGCACCAUUCCGUGGCUUUUUGGAACAACGCGCAGCAAUUCUCGCAUCAGGACGCAAGCUCGCGCCCGCACUUCUCUUCUUUGGGUGCCGAUCACCUGAUCGAGAUGAUUUAUAUCGUGAUGAACUCGACGAGUGGCAGCGUCAAGGCAUAGUUGAGGUCAGGCGAGCGUACAGCCGUGACCCCACAAAGAGCGAGGGAUGUAAGUAUGCGCAAGACAGGAUGGUACAUGACGGAAAGCUUGUUGCGAAGCUGUGGCAGGACGGGGCGAAGAUAUAUGUUUGCGGGUCAAGAGGACUCGCCGACUCGGCGAGGGAAGCUAUCAUCAAGAUCAAGCUUGAUAUAGAGAAAGGAAGCGGAGGCGACUCGGACAUGCAAAAGGCGCAGGAAUGGUUUGAUUCAUUGCGAAACAUGCGCUAUGUCACAGAUGUGUUCGAUUGA